AUUUCAGGUUACCAGAAUAUCCUCGGAAGAAAUCUUCCAGUGAUCGUGUUCAUACACGGUGAGUCUUUUUCAUGGAACUCCGGAAACGCUUACGAUGGUUCGACACUCGCCAGUUACGGCAAUGUUAUAUUCGUGACGCUGAACUUCAGACUCGGAGUACUUGGUUUCCUAAAGCCAAGUUUGGAGGAGAAAGUGACAAGCAACUUCGGCCUCCUUGACAUGAUUGCAGCCUUGAGGUGGCUCAAGGACAACAUCAUCGAAUUCGGUGGAGACCCACAUUCCAUCACCCUCAUGGGCCAUCAUACUGGUGCUAUAGCUGUCAAUUAUUUGAUGUUGUCACCAGUAUCCCAAGCAGAUAAUGGUCUAUUCCAACGGGCCAUCCUGAUGUCCGGUACCGCACUUAGCAGCUGGUCGGAAGUGAAGCAUCCAGAGGAAUCGGCCAGGGCACUCGCCGAACAACUGAAGUGCCCGAUGGACGACCUGAGCAACUGCCUCAGGGAAAAGGACUGGGACGAACUGGUUCAUGUUCGACUCCCCGAGGACCCUGCACCCACAGUGGACGGAGUCGUGGUACUCAACCAUCCCAAGGAUCUUAUGUCGCAUAAUACCGGACUGUUCACGGGAAGGUCCGAUACCGACACCACUGUUUACUUCCUUUCACCGACCGCCGUCCACAACUCCACAAGAUCAGCCUUAACGUACUCCUUUUACCUUAACCUACCACUCGUACGCUUAACAUUCGGUAUGGCAUUAAUUAACUUUAAAUAUGACUUGCUCUGUGGUGUUACGGAGUCAGAAAGUUAUCAUAUCCUGGAUACCAUUGCCCUCAAUAAUGGCCUUGAGGACCAAGAGAAAGAAGAAGUUCUGGCAAGAUUCUUCAAAAAAAAUUUUGGAAGCCAGUGGAGGACAGCCAAAGACAGAGCUAGCGGUGUAUACGACCUCCACAGUGCUCGGAUGUCGCCGCUGAAGGCACGGGACAACACGCUGACACUCCUCUCCGACGCGAGGGUGGUAGCUCCUGUCUUCCAGAUGGCAACCUACCACGCUACCGCAGCCCAGGGGAACAUCAAGACGUUCGUGUACGUCUUCUCCCACCGGUCCAAGCACAUCGACCAUCCCCUUGUAAGGACAAGGCACCAUAGGAAGCAUGAUUUACUAACCGAUUCAGUAUGA